UCACGCCCUUCAGAACCACGCCUCUUUUGUCCCUCAGCGCUUCCCGUAGCGGCGCCGUCAUCGCGGCGGGAGCGGCCCCGGAAAAUGCUGAGGAGCCUGAGAGGACUCGUGUGCCGUUCUCUGAAGCUGCACGGUGGCCGUGCCCUGCCCAGGGCUGGCCUGAGCUCUGUGCCCAGCCAGGAUGUCCCAGCAGGGACAGCGCCAGGGAUUUUCCACACCAGCGAGAGCGACCCGGCCAGGCACUCGGAGCAGCACGAGGGCCGUCUGUACAGCAUCCCCCUGGAGGAGCUGAGGGCUGUGUUCCCCCAGGGGCUGCCCCAUCGCUUCCAGCAGCAGGUCCAGACCUUUAACGAGGCGCGGCUGAUGGUGCGGAGGCCGGCGCUGGAGAUCCUGGCCUGCCUGAAGGGCUCCAACUUUGCCCACCCUGCUGUCAGAUAUGUGAUCUAUGGGGAGAGAGGAACAGGCAAGACCCUGACCCUGUGCCACGUGGUUCACUACUGCUCCAGGCAGGGCUGGCUGGUGCUGCACGUCCCAGAUGCUCAUCUCUGGGUGAAGAACUGCAAGGAGCUCUUUCAGUCUUCCUACAACAAAGCCAGGCUGGAUCAGCCUCUGCAGGCCUCUGUGUGGCUCAAGAACUUCAAAACCUCCAAUGAACGUUUCCUGGAAGAGAUAAAAACACAAAAAAAAUACAUCUGGGGCAGAAGAGAGAGCACAGAGGAGGGCAGACCUUUGAGGGAAGUGGUGGAGCAGGUUUCUCCAGAGGAGCUGACACUGGUGCACAGCCUGCGCAAGAUGCUGACCAACGACUGGACUGGAGGUGCCAUUGUCACCACCCUCAGCCAGACUGGCUCGCUCUUCAAACCCAGCUCAGCCUACACUCCCCAGGAGCUGCUGGGAAAGGAGGGCUUCGAUGCCUUGGACCCCUUUGUGCCCAUCCCGGUCCCCAACUACAGCCCGAAGGAGUUCGAGAGCUGCUACGGCUACUACCUGGAGCGCCGCUGGCUGCAGCACGAGAAAGCGCGCACGGAGGAAGGCAAGGCGGAGCUGCGGUUCCUCAGCGGCUCCAACCCGCGGCAGCUGGACCGGCUGGCGGGACCCCUAUAGCGCAAUAAAGGCUCCGUUCCCCCGG